AUCGCCCAUGCAUGGAAUGGCUAAGUUGCUGCAGCCUUUGUCAAUAGCCUCAGCAAUCAGCGAGAAACGAGAUCCGUCGAGCAGGGGGAAAACGAAGAGGAAGAAAUAGAAGGGAGAGUGCAGUCACGUGAGGGAUGGCAUGAGAGAAAUUGACGCGUAGACAAGGCACGAGAGAGAAUGGAGACGAUGGAUUUGGGAAGGGAGGCGCAUCAGAUCUGUUAUCGAUAGAGAAAAAGAUAAUAUUGAUGAUAAUAUCGACUUUGGUGUCCUUAUUUUCUUGUUCAAGAUUAGCGAAGAAAUAGUUUGGAUGAUUUAUUUCCCCUCCCAGCUCCACGUCAGCAAAAAUCCUAUUUAACCGGUCUAUCGUCUACUGCUUGAGGAGGCCUAAUGGAGGUGAACCGGUGAACCAGCCAUCUCUUACCCUCCGCUCUCUUCCCAAACCCUAACCCCCAAAAUCUCCCCGCUCCCCGCCGCCAUGGCCGACGCCGACGCAGCGGAGGUCGAGCGGCUCUAUGAGCUCGGCGAACGCCUCUCCUCCGCCAAGGACAAGUCCCAGCACGCGGCGGACUACGAGGCGAUCAUAUCGGCCGUGAAGGGGAAGAGCGUGAAGGCGAAGCAGCUCGCGGCGCAACUCAUCCUCCGCUUCUUCCGGAGCUUCCCGGCCCUCGCCACGCGCGCAAUGGAGGCCAUGUUCGACCUCGUCGACAUGGAGGAGCUCGCGACUAGAAUACAAGCUAUUUGUGGGUUUCCACUUCUUGCCAAAGAUGCUGAAUUUGUCUCAAAAAUUGCUGAUAUCCUAGGACAACUCCUUGCAAGUGAGGAAAAUGUGGAGCGCGAUGCUGUCCAUAAAGCACUCAUGUCGCUUGUACGGCAGGAUGUUAAAAGUUCAGGGUAUCAAAGUGAAGACAGCUCCGGUAAUGAUGUUGAUGGGCCUUUAGUAGUUUUGGUUUCAGAUAGUGAUGAGCACAUCAGUCCAAGACAUGAAGAAGAUCCUGACAUAAGUUUGCCUAUUAAGAGAGCCUCAAGUGGUAAUGUUGAUUCAACCAAAGAUGCUGCUAACAUGGAUGAUGCUUUGGAAGUUGAUUUCAAUAAGUACAUACUGAAGUGCAAAUCUGUGUAUAAGUGCAAGCUUUGUCCUAGAAUCAUUUGCCUAAAUGAGGAGAUGGUCAGGGUACAUCUUAAAUCAAAGAGACAUGGUCGAUCAAAGAAAUUAUUAGGAGAAGGGAGGCUUAAGCUGAUGCUGAACAGUGAUGGUGAGUUGGAGGAAGAACAAGAGACACAUGCUGAAAGACAUGCUCGAAUUGUUGCUCUUGCUCAGCAAGUACAAAAGCCAAAGAAGGAUUCAGGCAGGCAACGCCAAAACCGGAGGAGGAAGAAGAGAUCUCAGAAUCAUGUUGAGAAGAAAACAUCUGACAAGAAAAGGCGUAAAAUUGAAAAAUAAAGUGGGUGCUGCAGAAAUGUUACAAGUUUUCCCUCAUGUUGCUCAAUUGCAAUACUAACUUUUAGUGGUGGAAUCAUGUGAUGUUCUCAAAGUAAUUGCUGCAUGUUUUAUGUCUGCUAUAUAUGGACGUAAGAUUUGUUAGCGACAAUUUGCCGCUACUACGAGUGAUCAAACUAAAGGGAAAUGAAUUGUCUCGCUUUUAACUUUUAUCUUUGCAAGAAUCCUAUCUAUGGUUAGAAAAUGUUUAAUGAUUCUUUGUCAGUAACACACUCAAAACAAUAUGAGUAAACCAUGAAUAUGGGAUGAGGCUGGAAGUUUAUUGUAAAUUUCAGGUUGCUAUUGAAAAUGCAUAUUUUGGUA